AUGGAUCCACACUUGGAACAUCAAAAUGAUAAAACUGAAAAGAAUAACAAGGCUGUUCACAAUGAAUUUCAUUUGCACCACAAUAUUGUGACCGACGACGAUGAUGAUGAUGACGAUGAUGGAUUUAUUAAGAAAAUAAAUGAGGUAAGUAACUUUGAUGAACAACAAUUGAUAUUGGCAUUACGGCAUAUUAUAUCUUCUUAUUGCUUCCCCUCAGAAUCUCUGUUUAGAAGAUUAGCCAAGGAUUGCUUACGAAAUAGAAACCUAUUUAUUGAUUCACAGCAAAAUAAAUGGAUUCAUAAAUUUAUUGAUUAUUAUCGAUCCUUCUUCUCUAUUAAAGAUAGAUUUAAUUUACAAGAAUUUACUCAUCUACCAAAUUCUGAAAAUCUGAAAACAAUGGAAUUAUUUUAUGAACGACUGAAUAAUUUUUUCACUCGUUUCAAAUUUAAGAAGAAGAAUAUCUUUAAAAUUGAUGAAACCGUUUAUUCUUUACAAUAUAUGAAUUUUCUUUUCCCAAUGGAUAGGAAAAUCUUCUUUGAUAAUAAGGGAAUACAUAUUUUGGACGAUGAAGAUUUAAUCGAUAAGUUUAUAACCAUUACAGAAUGUAUCAUUGCAACAGGUGAAGUUUUCCCACCUUAUUUAGUAGUACCAAAUGACAUAAUCGCAACCAAUACUAGUUCUACUAAUACAAAAAUAUCAUUCACUGCAUCAACAAAUACUUUCUUUAGGGAAAACCCAAAUACAACUAGAGGUUGGAAAGUUUAUAAUAAUAAUAAUAAUAAUAUCAAUACGGAUGGCUCACAAAAGAAUAUACAAUCAAGUUUAGCUUGGCUUACUGAUAUCUUUGCUAAAAGAGAAUCAUUUAACAUAAAAGAAAAUAAACUAUUAUUAAUUGAUGAAGAAUCAAGAUAUUUAAAUAUUCCCUUCAUUUUGAAAUGUAAAGAAUUAAACAUUAAAUUAUUCCUUAUACCAAAUUACGCGACUUCAUGGUUUCAACCUUUGGAAAUUAGUACCUUCGGAUUAAUUAGAGGUUACGUGGAUAGUAAUUUGCCAUCUUUGACGAAUAUUCACGAUAAUAAUAAUAACCCGAAGGACCACCGUUUGCAAAUUGAUCCAAUGAUUAGUAAUUUAAAUAUAUGUUUAACCACAUAUUCAAAGGCAAGAUCAAUUGGAUUUUACCCCUUCGAUAUUAAAUCUGGAUUUAAAAAUUGUGGUAUAUUACCAUUAAAUAAAAAUAUUGUACAAGAGAGAAUUUUCUCAAAUGAACCAUCCCCAAAUAUGAAUACCAUUACAAGAAACCUUCCAAAUAUAAUGGCAGAACAUUUAUCAACAAUAAAACCAAAUCCGUGUACCUCGGGCAUUCUGGCAAUGCCACAAAAACGUCAUCAUAUCCAUGAGAGAAUUCAAGAUAUAUAUGGCCUCCCUAAUAAAAAAUCAAGAAUUAAUCCCGAAAAUAGUACUAAUCUUACAGAAAUAAAAUCUCCUUCUACUACAGUUAAGUCAACAGUAAAGCAGACUAAUGAUGAUAAUAAAUCAGAAACUGGAAAAGAUACAUCUUUACCAUUUAAUUUCCGUAAACUAUGCCAAAAUAAGAAAUCAUUAUUAUUUGAUAGUUCCACCACCCAGGGAAAUAUUAUUAUUAGAAAAGACUCUGAGAAUGAGAAUGAACGGAGAAAUCAUCAAAUGUUCAAAAAAAAGCAAAAACUUGGCAAUAUUGUACCAGCCACAUCAGUUCUUCGAAGUUUAUUCGUACGUGAUACAAGUGUGGAUUCAAUAAGAAGUACCGAUGAAGAAGAUUCAAAAGUCACAGAUAACAAUGCUAAUAUGACUGGCAUUGAAGAAAUGAUAAAUAAGAAAACAAACAUAAACAAGGACGUUGGAAAAGCGAAAGUGAAAAAAGUAAAUAAUACAAAUAAUACAAAUAAUACAAAUGAUUCAAUAAAAAAUGAGAAGAAGGAUGAUGAUUCCAUUAUACCAUUUACUCACCAUUUGAUCCAUUCCAACAAGGAAGAGGGAGAAAAAAAUCAGGAGGCGGUUAAAGAUCUAGGUAGUAUACAUACAAUAGAACUUGAAUCUAGCGAUUAUGAUGAUGUUGAAGAAGUUAACAAUAGUAGUUGA